AUAUUAGCUGAAGAAAUGUUAAAGAACCUUUCACUGCUGCUGCGCAGGCAAACGCGCCGCCACUACGCCACAGCUGCCGUAAAAGUGAAGACGAUAGAAUCUGAAAAGGCUAAACCACUUAUAAGCUGUCGGCGCACACAAUUCAAUCUGCUACAACAUGAACGAGCGGACGCAAAGUUUGGAACAAUUCCGCUGUGCUCCAAGGGCUGGCUACACAACAAAUCCAAAAACGACCACUUCACACUAAAUGCGACCAUUACCAGCGAGCAGCGGAAUGCGGAGAUGCAGAACUUGAAUGAUUUCCUAGCCACAUCGCAAAUCCAAAUGCACCCACAACUGCUGGAGAACCUGCAACAGCAGCUGGGCAUCAAGCAACUGACAGGCAUUCAGGCGCAAGCUUUGCCUGUUGUGGAUGCCAACUUUCACACACUCAUUGCCGCCGAGACGGGCUGUGGCAAGACACUCGCCUACCUGUUGCCCAUACUCAAUAAGACGCUCAAGCGGCAAUCCCCAGAGGAAAGCAAGCUAAGAUUAAAUACGCCAAAAAUAUUGAUACUGACGCCUGGGCGUGAACUGGCCACACAAAUUGCACAAGUAGCCCAGAAGCUGUGCACGGAUACAGAACUAAAGGUGAAAGCGCUGUUGGGUGGCAACACGAAGCAGCUGAUGCUGAAUCCACAGUUUGCCGAGGUGGACAUCUUGGUGGCAACGCUGGGUGCAGUCAGCAAACUGGUCACAACGGGCAUCUAUCACAUGGACCAGGUGCGCCAUGUGGUGCUGGACGAGGCAGACACGCUGCUGGAUGAUUCCUUUACAGAAAAGCUCACCUACUUCUUGAGAAGAUUUCCCUUUCACAAAAAUCAUGUCCAGGACCCGAGCAUUGUUGGCACGCAGCUGCUGCUCGCCUCGGCCACCAUGCCCACGAAUACGCGAGAGAUUCUGCAAAGGGUCAUCGACGUGGAAACCAUAAGGGAAAUCGUCAGUCCGAAUCUGCAUCAUCUAAUGCCACAUGUUACGCAAAAGUUUCUGCGCAUGGCCAAAGCGGAUCGGCCAGCCAAUUUGUUAUCCCUGGUCAAGCGGGAUCUGGCUAAACGGCGCCCACUCAUCGUGUUCAGCAAUAAGUCGACUACAUGCGACUAUGUGUCCAUAUUCUUGAAUAAUAGCGGCAUCAAUUGCCUCAACUUGAAUGGCGAUAUGUUAAUGAAGAUUCGCAUUGGCCGCUUCGAAGAGUUCCAACGCGGCGAGUGCGAUGUUCUGUCCACAACAGAUGUGGGCAGUCGAGGACUGGAUACGACGCGAGCACGUCAUGUGGUCAACUUUGACUUCCCGCUGCACAUCUCCGACUAUAUACAUCGAUGCGGACGCAUUGGACGCGUGGGCAGCUUGGAUAACUCGCUAGUCACGAACUUCAUUUCAUCACGCCGUGAAAUCGAUGUGGUGCAGCGCAUAGAGCAUGCGGCACGCACUGGAGGAUUGCUGCCAGAUGUAAAUGCUAAUAUUAAGAACAUUAUCAACAAGCGCAUCAUUGCGGACAUGAAGGAGGCGGGCCUGCCUGUGCCUCAAGAGGAGGCUUUCUAGUAAAUCGUGCUACAAUAAAGUUGUUUCUAUUAAUUUGAAUUUA